AUGCAUAAAACCCUCCUCCUCGUUAGCGUCUUAGCCGCUUCUCCCGCGGUCCUAGCCGCUCUCGACCAUGAAUCCAGUUCGACCCUGCUCCAUCACCUCGCGGCGCGACAGACCGUAACGGUGACCGCGACCGGAACCGGCACCGGCACCGACACCGAUACCGCUUCCGGUAGCGCAACGUCUGCUUCGGACACGUCCAUGAGUAGCAUGAGUAGCAUGAGCAGCAUGUCCACAACCGACAUGGGCUCAUCUACCAUGUCCAUGUCCACGUCCACCUCCUCCGCCACCGCUUCAUCCACCCCUACUUCUUCUUCUUCUUCCAUGGAAUCCUCGUCCUCGUCCGGAUCAUCGACCAUGGAGUCUACAACGUCCGGCACCGGCGGCACCGGAGGUGCGACUGGUACUUCCCAGUCCGGCUCGAGCAGCACCCAUAGCUCGACGCACUCCGGCUCCGGCAGCUCGUCGAUGAGCGAGUCCACGGGUACGGGUACGGCCACGGCCACCGGUGCCGCGGCUAAGCCCGCGAGAGGCGCGCCCGUAGCGGCGGCGGCGGCGGGGUUCGUGGCUGCCGUUUUGGUCUAG